AUGGCAAAUUCAAUCAUAAUAACCCUUUAUUUGUUGGCAUUCUCUUGUUUUGCCUUGUACACUCCAGCAUCCUCCAGCAGUAACCAAACAGAUUUGCUUUCGUUGCUUGCCUUGAAAGAAGCCUUGAAUGUCGAUCCAAACGGAGCUCUAAACUCAUGGAAUCGAACUACAAACUUUUGCACGUGGAACGGAGUUACAUGCGGCCGGAGGCACCCGAAUAGAGUUAUUGCCAUAAACUUGAAUUCUCAAGGCUUGAUGGGAUCACUUUCACCUCAUAUAGGAGAAAUUCCGCAGUCCCUUUCCCAACUUGAAGGACUAAGUUAUCUUGAUUUGGGUGACAACAAUCUCAUAGGCACUAUUCCUUCAGCUAUGUUCAAUAUAUCUACUAUCGAGCAAUUUCAAGUUGAUUUUAAUGAUAUUCAUGGAACCAUACCCUCUACUAUAGGCCUAACUCUCCCUAAUCUGAAGCUUCUAGUCUUGGGAAAAAAUCAAUUUAGUGGGCGUGUUCCGAUCACUCUGUCGAAUGUUUCCUCCCUUGAAUUAUUGGUUUUGUCGGUUAAUGAUUUUAAUGGGAUAAUGCCAAGGUUUGGGGGACUUUCAAAGCUUGAUUCUUUAUAUGCUGCAGCAACCUUGAUUGAAGAUGAUAUUAGUUUCAUUUCAUCGUUAACAAACUGUACAAGCCUACGAGUUCUUGAUUUAGGAGAUAACCCUUUAAUUACUGGUUCAAUUCCGGAAACAAUUGCGAAUAUGUCAACCCAUUUUGAUAGACUCGGAAUUUAUGGUACUCAAAUAGUUGGAAGGAUUCCUACAGGGAUCGGAAACCUUAUUCGUCUCACGCGCUUACAACUUUCUUACAACAAUCUUGAGGGUCCUAUUCCUUUGAGCAUCGGUAGACUAUUUAAUUUGCGUGUUCUUGACUUGGAAGAUAACAGAAUUACAUGUGAUGCACCAUCCGCAAUUGGAAACUUGACUUUGUUGUACUCUCUAUCCUUACAAAGAAACAACUUCUCUGGAAUUAUUCCCACGAGUCUUGCUAAUUGCACCAACAUGCGAGAAUUAGAUCUUUCUCGAAACAACUUCAUUGGCCCAAUACCCAGAGAGAUUCUUAUUCCCACCUGUUAUGUUUUCUUGAAUUUGUCUUACAAUGCACUCACGGGUUCGAUUCCAGUUCAAGUUGGUUCAUUGACAAAGGUGGAAGUCUUAGAUUUUUCUAAUAACAGGCUGUCUAGACUUAUUCCAAACUCUUUAGGGACGUGCAAUAGUUUGGAAUGGCUACAUUUGGAGGGUAAUUUAUUCGAAGGACAAAUACCUCAGGGACUAAGUUCUUUGAUGGGCUUGACAAAUCUAGAUCUCUCACGGAAUAAUUUGUCUGGAACAAUCCCAAUUUUCUUGAGUGAGAAAAGUGCCGAUAACUGGAGUCUUAAAAAUAAGACUGCGAUUUCGUUGGAAGGAAAUGAAAAACUGUGUGGAGGAAUUUUUGAGUUAAAUCUUCCUCCAUGUUCUUCAUCAUCAAUUUCCUCGAAGAAUAACUUAUCCACUCCUAUAAAAGUAGUGAUCCCAAUAGUUGGAGUUGCAGCAAUCUUGUGCCUCAUCAUUAUUCUUUACAAGAGAAGAACUAUCAACACAAGUUUGUCUUCUCUACCAUUAUCUGCCGGAAUACCCUUUUUAAGGCUUUCAUAUGCAGACCUCUUACACGCAACAAAUGGAUUUUCCGAGUAUAAUAUUUUAGGUCGUGGGAGAUUCGGAUCCGUUUACAAAGGAAUUAUCGAUAAUGGCCACAAAUUUUUAGCCGUGAAAAUUCUUAAUCUUUUUGUAAAUGGAGCUUCUAAAAGCUUCAUGGCGGAAUGCAACGCACUGAGUGGCAUAAGACACGAAAAUGUCGUGAAAAUGUUGAGUGUUUGCGAAAGUGUUGACUUCCAAGGAAACGAUUUCAAAGCAUUGAUUUACGAAUUUAAGGCUAAUGGGAGUUUGGAUAAAUGGUUGUACUACAAUAGGGAACAAGAGAAAGGGCAAUCUGAAACCCAACUUAGAUAUCUUGACAUUAAAGAGAGGCUCAACAUUGCUAUUGAUAUUGCUCAAGCAGUUGAAUAUCUCCAUUGUGGUACUAAUUCAACAAUUGUUCACGGCGAUUUGAAGCCAAGUAAUAUUAUUUUGGAUCAAGAUAUGACGGCUUGCGUUGGUGAUUUUGGAUUAGCCAAGAUUAUUUCAAGCAUACUUUCAGAAAGUAGUGGCACAAUUGGAAUAAGGGGUACCAUUGGCUAUGUCCCUCCAGGUAUAAUUUUCAUUGCAUUAUAUAAUCCCACCAAAUUUUAUCUAUUUAAUUGAUAUCUUGUACGUAUUUGUAGAAUAUGGCACGAGUAACACGAUCACAACAAAAGGCGAUGUGUAUAGUUAUGGCAUCCUUGUAUUGGAGAUGUUCACAAACAGAAGACCAACGGAUGAUUCAUUUAUGGAUCAUGUCAAUCUUCAUAAUUUUGCUGUCGCUGCGUUACCGGAUCGUGUAAUGGAAAUUGUGGAUCCUCUCAUUCGAAUAGGCCCUCAUCAAAAUUGUAGUAAGAUCGAGGAUUUUAUGGCUUCUAUUAUCAGCAUUGGAGUCUCGUGUUCAAAGGAAGUGCCGAGAGAAAGAAUGUUGAUGAAAGAUGUUAUUAAUGAAUUGCAAAAGAUUCAAAAAGAAAUAUGUGGCUGAUUUAAUAACAAAGUUCAUAAGCCAUCUUUUCUUUGUAUUUCCUUUUGUUAGAAUUUGUGCUUUUCUCAUUUUCUUUGUACUUCUAUAUAUCAAAUUUGUAUAAAGUUGCUACAUUUCUUUCUUCUUU